CCCCCCUGUGCCCUGGGCCUUACCUUGGCCUGCUCGCGCCGGUGGGAAGGGAGGGGACCAAUGCGGCUGUGGCCCGGGGGAGGGGCGGGCGGGGCGGGACAGGCGCGCUGGGAGGUGCGCUUCCGUCCCUAGCCGCUGCGGGAAUGGGGGGUCCCACCGGGCCCUCGCGCCUCCUCCACGCCCCACACCCACUCCUCUGCCUGCUCUGCCUCCUCCCGCCGCUGCUCCAAGCAGCUGGACUGAGCCAGGCGCCCAGAGAGCAGCCCCUGUGGACACUGCUGGAGCAGUACUGCCAUAUGGUCACGACCCUCGCCAAUGCCUCAGGUCCCUACUCCUACUGCAACACGACUUUGGACCAGAUCGGGACGUGCUGGCCCCGGAGCGCGGCCGGAGCCCUCGUGGAGAGGCCGUGCCCAGAAUAUUUCAACGGCAUCAAGUACAACACGACCCGGAAUGCCUACCGAGAGUGCUUGGACAAUGGGACAUGGGCUUCACGGAUCAACUACUCACAGUGUGAGCCCAUUUUGGAUGAUAAGCAGAGGAAGUAUGACCUGCACUACCGUGUCGCCCUUGUCGUCAACUACCUGGGCCACUGCGUUUCCGUGGCAGCCCUCGUGGCUGCCUUCCUGCUUUUCCUGGCCCUGCGGAGCAUCCGUUGCCUGCGGAACGUGAUCCACUGGAACCUCAUCACCACCUUUAUCCUGAGAAAUGUCAUGUGGUUCCUGCUGCAGCUCAUCGACCACGAAGUGCACGAGAGCAACGAGGUCUGGUGCCGCUGCAUCACCACCAUCUUCAACUACUUCGUGGUGACCAACUUCUUCUGGAUGUUCGUGGAGGGCUGCUACCUGCACACGGCCAUCGUCAUGACCUACUCCACCGAGCGGCUGCGGAAGUGGCUCUUCCUCUUUAUUGGAUGGUGCAUCCCCUGCCCCAUCAUCAUCGCCUGGGCCGUUGGCAAACUCUACUAUGAGAACGAACAGUGCUGGUUUGGCAAGGAGCCCGGUGAUCUGGUGGAUUACAUCUAUCAGGGCCCCAUCAUCCUUGUGCUCCUGAUCAACUUUGUAUUUCUGUUCAACAUCGUCAGGAUCCUCAUGACAAAGUUACGAGCGUCCACCACCUCAGAGACCAUCCAGUACAGGAAGGGGGUGAAGGCCACGCUGGUUCUCCUGCCCCUUCUGGGCAUCACCUACAUGCUCUUCUUCGUCAACCCCGGGGAAGACGACCUGUCGCAGAUCGUGUUCAUCUAUUUCAACUCCUUCCUGCAGUCUUUCCAGGGUUUCUUUGUGUCUGUCUUCUACUGCUUCUUCAAUGGAGAGGUGCGCUCGGCCGUGAGGAAGAGGUGGCACCGCUGGCAGGACCAUCACUCCCUCCGAGUCCCCGAGGCCCGGGCCAUGUCCAUCCCCACGUCACCCACGCGGGUUAGCUUCCACAGCAUCAAGCAGACAGCCGCUGUAUGACCCCUCGGUCACCCAGCUCACCCAUCACUCCAUCGGGACACCUUCCCCAUCCUCCUCCGCUGCCUUGCUCUGGGUUCUCCCUGCCAUGCAGGCCCUGGUUGGGGCAGGAAGGAGGGGAGAGACCAGCUCCCCAGCCUGGCAGGAGAGAGGCUGUGCAGCAGCACAGUGGCUCCAGGGAACCAGGGCCAGCCAGGGGCCCAAGAGUCAGUGCAAGAGGAGCAGAGCGGAGAAGUCACAGGAACCCCCGAGAAGAGCAGGUCAUGUCUUCAGGCAUUUGUGCAUACCAGCCUCUUGCACUAGAGCCUCACUAUAGUCCCAUUCACAGAUGAGGAAACUGAGGCCCAGAGCCAGGAAGGGCCGGCCCAAGUCACACAGCUAGUUCGUGGCGGACCUGGGGCUCCUCUGCUCCACUCAUGGUGCAGCCCUCUGGCAGCAGCAGUGUAAUAGUUGGCCCUGCUCCCUGCCCCCUGCCCCUGUGCUCAGUGGUGCCCUCUGCAGUUGGGCGUAGGUACAGCAGCUGGAGUAAAGCAUUACUUCAGCUGGGUUCAUCCCAGGGACUCUCACCUAGAGAAGCCUCACUUACACCCCACCCCGACCCCACUAUCCCUGCACCCCUCCCAGCUGUCCUGCUGCCCCUGGGGCCCCAUGAAGGAUGCUGUCUCUCUUCCUGGGAGACGGCUUCUCAGCUGAGGCCACAGAUUCAGGGGCUUGGGGAGGGGCAGGUGAGGAGGAAGACAUGGCCAGGGCAGCCAUACACCCUUAGGCCAACCAGAUACGUGGGACAGGACGGAACAGCGAGAAGAAGCCUGGGGGACAGGUUGGGAGAAGGAGUGGGGUAGAAACAGCAGAAACCGAAGUAUGUCUUUGGUGAUUGGAACUAACCCCCCAGCCCCCACCGAGGCAGCUCCAGCCUCCCCUUCAGAUCCAACAUCUCUGCUCUCUGUGAAAUAAACCAUGCCUCUGUGCAAA